AUGUUCCACGAGCUUGAUCAAGUCCUCCUCCAGGUCAAGGAAGAAACUCGUAUCGUCCCAACAGAGAUUGUAUUCUGUAACGUGAUCAAUUACUUCGAUCGUGGAAGAUUACCAACUCGUGCCCUCCACGUGUUCGAUGAAAUGCCUCCACUUUCUGGUCGAGGCUUUGCACAACCCUCACCAUCGUCUCACGAAUUGAUAAAGAAUGUAGUCUUUACAGUUCAUGGAUCAGAGGAUGAGGUAAUACCAGUUUCAGAUGCCAAGGAGUUUGCGAAGAUCAUACAUAAUCACAAGCUGGUGCCUUCUGCAAGGCUCUCGUUUUCGAUAGUGGCAAGUAAAAUCAAGGAGAAAGCACGAGUGGUUGCAAUCUAUUUCAUACUAUGA